AGUGCUGCACUAGUAGAUUACUAGCGGACGAAGAAAUACAGUCAGGAGCUGAGAACAGCAGCGGCUCAGAGCGAAAUUCGGUAAAGAAAAAGGAUGGCGAAGUGGAGAAGGCGAGAGAACAUGGGAGGAUCGGAGAAUGAUUUGCUUGCAUUAGAGCCCUUGGUCUCGCCCACGAAUCGAGCGCCUCGUGCCAAAUUUAAAACUAAACCUUACUACUACGUCAUGUGUCCACGCGCCAAUUUUCUAAAACGCUAUGUUGGCAUUGAUCAAUCCAUGCACAACACGUAAAUAUUAAUUUGAACAAGGAAAUGUGAGUUAUACUCAAUGAAAAUUAAACUAUGCCAUUGAAAAUUUCUUUUAAAUGUUUAUCGGACGGUAUAUAUUUUGUGACAUAUAGCUAAUAUUCAUUGACCAAAUUAAUUAAAAACAACUAAAACACAUGAGGGGCCCGAAUGGAGGGUAUACCUCUUUCCGUGACAAACUAAAGUGAGGAAUUUAACCUAAAUAAAAAUAUAAAAGGAAAAGGAAAGGACAACACAAAAAAGAUUUUUUAGCAAAAGGAAAAGAAAAUGACAACACAAAAUAGUAUUAGGAGUCUUGAGAGAAUCCGUGGGCCAGUUCAUGUAGUCCAGCCCAUUAUCUUUCAGAGGGGACUUGGGCCGAUUCGAGCCUCGGCAGAGCACGGGAGCACGCCAAAGCGGCGGCGGCGGCGCCGCCGCCGGCUUAGUGGCGAGUCGGCCAACGACGGAGGUUGCUGGCUAUGAUGGGGACUCCGAGGUCGGGAGCGAAGAAAGCUGGUCCAGAAGGGAGACGCCGAGAUUGGGAGAUACUGCUCCCUCUCCGGUUGCAGACAGUAGCUACGCUUGACACCAAUGUCGCCGCAGAGUCGCGGCGGCCGGCGGGCUCGCCACAAAUGCAGGUGAUUCGGAGGAGGUCGCGUUCAUCCUCCAGCUGCGGUGUCCACGCGGGAAGUAACUGCUCGUCCAUUGCCUCUGCGUCGUCCAUUUGGACUUGGGGUCACCGAAUCAGUUGCUCAACAAGCAGAGCAUGGAUAAAGGGGGCAUACAACUGCAAUUCAGCAUAUACUACAUCUUGUCUUGUUGAAUUUGUUUUUACAACUAGGUGCACUUUUUUUGCUGACCUAUCCAAUGUUUAUGCUCUUUUCAGGAACAAAUGGGGCUGAUUUCAUGGCAUCGUUUGCUUCUCUUCUCCAACCUAGUCUCGCUCUGUUGCGGUUUGAGUUCAGAUGGCCAUGCCCUUCUGGCUCUCUCCAGGAGGCUCAUACUACCUGAUACCAUAAGCUCGAACUGGAGUUCUUCUGAUACAACUCCCUGUGGAUGGAAGGGAGUUCAGUGUGAGAUGAACAAUGUGGUUCACCUCAAUCUAUCAUACUACAAAGUUUCUGGUUCAAUUGGUCCCGAGGUAGGGCGUAUGAAGUACCUGCGGCAACUCGAUCUGUCAAGCAACAACAUCUCCGGUCCGAUCCCUCAUGAAUUAGGCAAUUGUGUUCUGCUUGAUCUGCUUGAUCUGUCAGGUAACAGCCUUUCCGGUGGAAUUCCGACAUCCCUCAUGAACCUAAAGAAGCUUUCACAGCUCGGUUUGUACAGCAACUCCCUCAGUGGAGAGAUACCCGAGGGGCUGUUCAAGAACCGGUUUCUGGAGCGGGUGUAUCUCCAAGACAAUAAACUCAGUGGCUCUAUCCCUUCAUCAGUUGGUGAAAUGAAGAGUCUGAAGUACUUUAGGUUGGAUGGGAACAUGUUGUCCGGAGCUCUGCCGGACUCAAUUGGCAACUGCACCAAGUUGGAGAAUCUAUAUCUAUACGGUAAUAAACUGAAUGGGAGUCUUCCGAGAUCAUUGAGCAACAUCAAAGGGCUCGUGCUCUUUGAAGCCAACAACAACAGUUUUACAGGUGACAUCUCUUUCAGAUUCAAGAGCUGCAAGCUUGAAGUGUUUGUGCUAUCUUGGAAUCAGAUCAGUGGGGAAAUCCCGGGGUGGCUGGGAAAUUGUAGCAGCUUAAUCAGACUUGCAUUUCUCCACAACCGUCUCUCUGGCCAGAUACCGACUUCACUCGGUUUAUUGAAAAAACUAUCAAUCCUUAUACUUACCCAGAAUUCUUUGUCUGGGCUGAUCCCUCCUGAGAUUGGUAGCUGUCGGUCGCUGGUGUGGCUGGAGCUGGACGCAAACCAGCUCGAGGGCACCGUCCCGAAACAGCUGGCUAAUCUGCGUAACUUGCAGCAGCUAUUUCUGUUUGAGAAUCGCCUCAGUGGGGAGUUCCCUCAGGAUAUUUGGGGCAUCCAAGGCCUCGAAUCCGUCCUUCUGUACAACAACAGCUUAUCUGGGGGCCUACCUCCAAUGUCGGCCGAGUUGAAGCACCUAAAGUUCGUCAAACUACAGGAUAAUUUGUUCACUGGAGUCAUACCACCAGGAUUUGGGAUUAACAGCCCUUUAGUAGAGAUUGACUUCACAAAUAAUAGGUUUGUUGGUGGAAUCCCGCCGAACAUUUGUUCGGGUAAAAGAUUGACAGCUUGGAAUUUGGGGCAUAAUUUUCUCAAUGGUACCAUACCGUUCACUGUUGCUAGCUGCCCAAGUUUAGAACGAGUUCGACUCCAUAACAACAAUCUCAGUGGGCAAGUUCCGCAAUUCCGAGACUGUGCAAAUCUGCGGUACAUAGAUUUGAGUCACAAUUCCUUAAGUGGUCAUAUUCCUGCAAGCUUGGGCAGGUGUGCUAACAUUACAGCGAUAAACUGGUCUCAAAACAAGCUUGGUGGUCCAAUACCACCUGAACUCGGACAAUUAGUGAAGUUGGAAAGUCUUGACCUCUCCCACAACAGCCUAGAGGGGGCAAUUCCUGCACAGAUUUCCAGUUGCUCGAAGUUGCACUUGUUUGAUUUGAGUUUCAACUCUUUGAAUGGUUCUGCACUCACAACAGUAUGCAAGCUGGAGUUUAUGUUAAAUCUGCGGCUACAGGGGAAUAGAUUAAGUGGAGGCAUUCCAGAUUGUAUCUCGCAGUUACAUGGGCUAGUCGAGCUACAACUUGGCGGCAAUGUUCUUGGGGGUCAUCUCCCUUCAGCAUUAGGAACUUUGAAAAGAUUGAGUACUGCACUAAACCUUAGCAGCAAUGGGCUGGAGGGCAGCAUUCCAUCUCAAUUACGCUUCUUGGUGGAUCUUGCAAGCUUAGAUUUGUCUGGUAAUAAUCUAAGUGGGGAUCUUGCUCCGUUAGGAAGUCUACAUGCAUUGUAUACCUUGAAUCUUUCGAAUAACAGAUUCAGCGGGCCAGUGCCAGAGAAUCUUGUACAAUUUAUUAAUUCCACACCAAGUCCAUUCAGUGGAAAUUCAGAUCUCUGUGUGUCUUGCCAUGAUGAUGAUUCUUCUUGCAAGGGAGCUAAUGUUUUGGAACCUUGUAGUUCAUUGAGGAGAAGAGGAGUACAUGGCCGCGUCAAGAUAGCUAUGAUAUGUCUUGGUUCAGUUUUUGUUGGUGCGUUUCUGAUACUCUGUAUCUUUCUGAAAUACAGAGGUUCCAAGACUAAACCUGAGGGAGAGUUAAAUCCAUUUUUUGGGGAGUCAUCUUCUAAAUUAAAUGAGGUUUUGGAAUCAACUGAAAACUUUGAUGACAAGUACAUCAUCGGCACAGGUGGCCAAGGAACUGUAUACAAGGCAACAUUGAGGUCAGGAGAAGUAUAUGCCGUGAAGAAGCUUGUGGGUCAUGCACACAAGAUUUUGCAUGGAAGCAUGAUAAGGGAGAUGAAUACGCUUGGUCAAAUUAGGCAUAGGAACUUAGUAAAACUAAAGGAUGUUUUGUUCAGGCGUGAGUAUGGGUUGAUCCUCUAUGAAUUUAUGGACAAUGGUAGCCUUUAUGAUGUUCUGCAUGGGACUGAGGCAGCUCCAGUUCUAGAGUGGAGGACACGGUAUGACAUAGCUCUUGGUACAGCACAUGGUUUAGCUUAUCUCCACAAUGACUGCCACCCAGCCAUUAUUCACCGUGACAUUAAACCGAAAAAUAUACUGUUGGAUAAGGACAUGGUGCCACAUAUUUCAGACUUUGGCAUUGCAAAGCUUAUCGACCUGUCUCCUGCUGCUUCAGAAACUACUGGAAUCGUUGGCACUGUUGGGUAUAUGGCCCCAGAGAUGGCAUUUUCAACCAGGAGUACCAUUGAGUUCGACGUGUACAGCUACGGAGUCGUAUUACUUGAAUUGAUUACCAGAAAGAUGGCCCUGGAUCCCUCGUUCCCUCACGAUGUGGACCUAGUCAGCUGGGUAUCCUCCACCCUGAAUGAGGGCAACGUGAUCGAGUCCGUGUGCGACCCUGCCCUAAUGCGUGAGGUAUGUGGCACUGCUGAACUGGAGGAAGUAUGCAGUGUGCUGUCGAUAGCCCUUAGAUGCACCGCGGAGGACGCAAGACAGAGGCCUUCCAUGAUGGAUGUUGUGAAAGAGCUGACACGUGCUAGGCAUGAUGUUGUAUCGCUACCGAAGCAGGCGAUGUCUGGUUCCAGCAGUUCCUGUCAAAACCUGGCAACCUGAUGUUUUGCUUCAGCAGUUGUAGCAAGGGCUUGUUUGGUUCAUAUAGGAAAAGUAGAGGAAAAUUAUAGGAACAGGAGAAUUUCUUUUAGUAGCACUGUUCAUUCAUUUGGUUCAAAGGGAAAAUAUAGAAUUUCCUUUGAUCCCUCUUUUAAAGGAAAAAUGCAGGAAUUUUACAAUCCAGUUGAACCUCGUUUUAGAAUCUCUACACAUGAAGUAUUAGACAUGAGUCUUUAGUGGUAUAAUAUCAUCUUAAUUAUACCUUUUCACUUUA